AUGGAGCAACAAUCAAAAUCAACUUUGUCUUCUCUUGUCCAUCUUAUCACAGAGACACUCUUAAGGCUGCUGCCCCAAUCGAAAUCAACUUUGUCUUUUCUUGUCGAUCUUAUCUCAAAGACACUCCUAAGGCUGCUGCCCCAAUCGAAAUCAACAACUUUGUCUCUUCCUGUCGAUCUUACCUCAGAGAUACUCUUACGGCUGCCUGAGAAAUCUGUGGCAAGGUUUCGUUGCGUGUCGAAGCUUUGGUCAUCAAUCACAACCGAUCCAUAUUUCAUCAACUUGUUGGAAACACGGUCCCCACGGCCGAGUCUUCUACACUACUUGAGAAAAGGUGACAAUUUGGUUGUUUCCUUGAUUCCGCAACACACUCCCUCUCUUCAUCCGAGUUCCAACAAGUGUUACUCUUCUUCUCUGAUGAUUGAUCGUUAUCGUAUGAAACUCCCAGAAGACAGUAGUUACUUCGGCUACCCUACGGAAUUUGUCCACGGCUUGAUCUGCUUUGUAGACACCAUAGAAACGCUGAUAGUUUGGAACCCAAGCAAGAGACAGUUCUUAACCUUACCCAAACAAGAAAAGAGCGUGGAUUAUCUUGAAGAUGAUGUAAAAGUGUUCUUAGGAUACGAUCCAAUCGAAGGGGGUAUAUAUUAUAUAGCCGGCAUUGGUCGUAAUCGUACGGUUUAUGAUCUAAUGAGUUUUGAUGACAGAUCUGAACAGUUCCAUAUAAUAGAAGUACCAUCGGGUAUUCAUGAUAUUCAUGGCAUUGAGCUGAUAAAUUAUAAGGGGAGGGUAGCUUGUACCGAGAAUUAUAAUAAUGAUAGAAGAUUGUGGAUUCUGGAGGAUGCAGAGAAACACAAGUGGUCGACUCAAGAUUUUGUUUCACCUCUAUAUGAAAAUGAUAUGAGCUCGAGUACCGGCUUCUACCUAAAAGGUUUCACUCAUGAUGGUGAGUUUAUUUAUGUACCAGAUGAGAAACUGCUGUAG